GUCACUGUACACAGAAGGAAACUUCACACUAAGGGUUUAAACAGAUCUACUUUGAAAGAUUCAAAGAUGUUAUUGGCUAGAACUCUAUUGUUUCUGGCUUUGAUGAUCAUGGAAGCUGAUGCUGGCUGCAGCAGAUCCAGGUAUGGGUUUAAUCUGGCCAUCCAGGGUCAAUCACAAUGCAACAGUACGAAUGAUUUCAUCACCGGCUUCUCCAGGAAAGAUAAAACAACCGAUGACCCAUUGAAUUUGUUAGACGAAGUAGAAUGCUGUACCAGAAACUCGACAUGGACAAACUAUACACACACUCUGUACGCUGAUUGGUCGACGAUGAGCAAAACCAAUACCUGGUCUACCUGUCCUGCUGGUUAUUUUAUGACGGGCUUUUAUAUAAGUGACGCCAAGGCCACCCUGUUGAGUAACAUCCUAGAAGGUAGGUGCUCCAGACCAGCGGACCACCCUCCAUCCUAUGGACAAUGCUAUGACCAUGAUAUCUCAACCUGUUUUGAUAACAAAGGUUUAUGUAAAUGUAACGACACCUACUUUGUUACCGGCAUCUAUCGUGGUAGCUGUGAUAAACUCAACUGCCUUGAUAAACUACGAUGCUGCAAGGCCGCUGCAGCUCCGGAAGAACUGAAUGAUCUAGCUAAAGUGAAGACCCGCAUCAUGGACACCACGAUGUCUGAUAUUGCUUUAUUUGCAAAUUAUUUGGGUUAUAGCUAUUGUCAAGGGUGUAGAGCCGCGAAUGUUGGUGAAGACUUUAGACGAACCGCCGACACAUGGGCUGCGGACAAAAGUGCGCGCUGUGUGGGUUUAAUGAGCGAUAAACGUCUGAGCAUGGUCUAUGGAAACUGGAGCUUUGCAAUAAAAGACAUCAAGUUUGGAACUCCUGUAUCACAAGAAUUGACUCCAGAAGCGGUGGACUCCGGUACUAUAUAUAACAACGACGCGACGGAAGCAACAAAAACAAUCGAGCGCGCUGAGACCGUUGUCCGUAGUGUUACACACACCACAACAAGUUCUUGGACAAACAGCCACGAGCUUAAUGUCCAGGUGAUGUACACAGUAGGGGGUUUUGGAGCGACUGCCGGCUAUUCGUUUAAUUACGAGACCAGCACGUCUACAACGGACGAAAACAAGAAAGAACAAUCGAAAACAUUCACAGUCAGCACAUCGAAAACUCUGAAACCGAAAUCUGCUGCCAAAUGGAGUCUUGUCAUGUCUAAAACCAGAACCUCUGUGGCCUACACAGCCACUGUUAUAGUCAAGUUCUCCACCGAACUUCAAGGUUUCCUACGUCUCGAAAACAACUUCCACUCCCAGUAUCGAGGCACCAACAACCGUCCCACUGUUAACUACCGAUUCGGAGACUCCAGCAUACCUUUCUACACAGCCUUGAAACAGCAAAGCGAAGCCAACUUACAGCCUUGGUUGUGGAACGACAUGAUAAACAGGUACCCGACUGUUAAACCUGUAAUAAACGAUUUGUUGAAUGAAAACAGAUACGUCUUCAAGAUAACUGGCAGGUUCGAUGAAGUCAUGGGCAAAAGUGCUGAUUUCCGCUGGGACGCCGUGAAGCUACGCAAGCGAGCAGCCGUGGCGGAUGACCGUAAUGUGAUACGACAGAACGCUACCCACAUCGCCAAGGCUCUGGCCAACGAUGUUCCUCUGGUGAAGUUGGAGCCUCCAAAAGUCGAUGUCUAGGCGAACAGCCUAGGAAAGAUGGUUAAGUCAGCUCUUUCUGGCCCAUAGUAAAACCAACAGUUUCUUUCUCU